CCCAGGAGGUACGAUAUCGGCGCCACGGUGGGGUGCAGCGGCGGCGGCUGUCGAUCUCCGUCGUAUUCCAUUUUUCGUCUCCGCCUCUCUCCGCUUUCUUGUCUUUCGGCAAAUAGUGAUCAUCCCUAAAGUCAAGCUCUCUCCUGCUUUCUCCCAUGGCGCGAAUUUUGAGUCAGCCUUCUCAGACGGCGGAGGAGUCUCCGUUGCCGUCUCCACCGCCGCCGCGGACAUCUCAGUGGAAGUACGACGUGUUCCUGAGCUUCAGGGGAGCAGAUACGCGCAAAGGAUUCGUUAGCCAUCUCUACGGAGCUCUCUCGUCGGAGGGGAUUUAUACCUUCCACGACGACAGGGAGCUCGAGCGGGGAAAUUCCAUCUGGCCGGAGCUUCUGAGCGCGAUCAAGGAAUCUCGGUUCGCCAUUGUUGUCCUAUCCGAGAACUACGCGACCUCUCGUUGGUGCUUGGAAGAGCUAUUGCACAUAACCCAGUGCGCCGAUGAGAAUCGCCUUCAAUUGAUUCCUAUUUUCUACGACGUUGAACCAUCACAUGUGGGUAGGCAAAGCGGGAGUUUCGAGGAGGCAUUUCGGAAGCAUGAAAAGAGGUAUGAUUCAGAGACUGUGAAGAAAUGGAGAGAGGCUUUGGCCCAAGUUGCGAAGAUUUCGGGUUGGGAUUCCAAAACCUGGGAUGAGGAAUCGAAGCUUACCAAGGAAGUUGCUCGUAAUCUUUCAGCUAGAUUAUCAUUGCCUUCAUCUAGUGGCUCAAAUGAAUUUGUUGGAAUGGAUUCUCAUAUGAGAAAGAUAGAAGCUUUGUUAUGCUUAGACUCUGGAGAUGUUCAAAUGGUUGGCAUUUGGGGUAUGGGCGGUAUAGGCAAAACUACGAUUGCAAAGUGUGUUUAUAGAAAUCUCUCGGAUAUGUUUCAGGGCGCUUGCUUGAUAGAAAACCUAAAAAGAGAAUUCGAACUACAAACUCCACCACAAUUACGGGAGAAAAUCUUGUCGGAUAUCUUAAGAAACAAGCACCUGAGCAUAAGGGGAGAUGAUCCUUGCGUGAUGAAGCAGAGGCUUCGGGGCAAAAAGGUUUUUCUUGUUCUCGAUGAUGUCAAUGAUGUAAAACAACUACGAGAAUUGGCUGGAAGCCUCGAGUGGUUUGGACCCGGAAGCAGAAUCAUUAUAACCACCAGAGACAAACGCGUGUUAGAGCAGCAUGAUGUGGAACACAUAUAUGAAGUCGAGCCUCUGAGGCGCAUCCCAGCACUUCAGCUCUUCAGCUGCCACGCCUUCAGACAGCCUUUCCCACAUAAAGAUUUUAGGGAGCUAUCGGUCGAUGUUGUCCAGCAACUUGGUGGUCUUCCAUUAGCUCUUUGUGUCGUUGGUGCAUCUCUAUAUCGCAGAGACGUAACAUUCUGGGAAGACAGCUUGCUUCUACUGGAUAAUGAACUCGAUAGUUCCAUCUCAAAGGCUCUGAGAGAAAGUUACGAAGCCUUGAAUAAGCGGGAGAAAAUGGUCUUUCUUUAUGUGGCAUGUUGUUUCAAUGGGGUGCGAGUGGAUGAAGUGAGCAAAGUAUUAGAUCUUUUUGUUGUGGGUUCUGGUUCUGGAUGCCGAUCGUUCACCGGGCCAAGCAUCAGGACUCUGGCAGAGAAGUGUUUGAUUAGCAUCUCAAACAAGAAGAUACUGUGGGUGCAUGAUUUGCUCCAAGAUAUGGCCAGGGAUAUCAUUUGUGAUGGAAAAGAGGAAAACCCAUGGAAGCGUAAGAUGCUAUGGGACGUUGAGGAUUUCGAUAAUGUAUUGUGUGAAAAUAUGGGUGGUGAAGCAGUUGAAGUAGAGAGUAUAUUUCUCAACAUGGCCGAAGAAAGGGAGCUCUUUAUAAAACCUGCCAUCUUUAGAAGGAUGUUUAAUCUCAAAUUUCUCAAGUUUAGUAACAAUUUCAGCGCUGGAGGAAGCAAGACGUGCAUGCCUGAUGGCCUUGACUAUCUUCCUAUGCUGAGAUAUCUUCACUGGGAUGCUUACACUCCAAAGUCCUUGCCUUCGGGGUUCCGUACCAUCUAUCUAGUUGAACUUAUUCUCCCAAACAGUUCAGUUGAAACACUUUGGAGUGGAACCCAGGAUCUUGCGAAUCUGAGGCGGAUGAACCUUAGCAGAAGCAAACGCCUCACCGAAAUCCCAGACCUCUCUAAAGCUACGAAUCUUGAGAAGUUAGAGCUGCGUAGGUGUGAAAGCUUGGUUGAGCUCCAUUCUUCGCUUGAACACCUGAAUAAACUCGUUGAACUGGAGCUGAGCUACUGCAGGAAACUCAAGAGUCUUCCAAAUAACAUCAAUUUGAGGGCCCUUAGAUCCCUUCAUGCCGACGGGUGCCCAAGUCUGAAAGAAUUUCCAUUCAUUUCAGAGAACGUUGAGGAAUUGUCGCUCGAUGAGACAUCAAUCGAAGAAGUGCCACAAGAUAUUGAGCUGCUCUCGAAUCUCAGAGUAUUGUACUUGUCAGGCUGCAAGAGACUAAAGAAUCUUCCGGGCACCAUCAGGAAUUUGGAUUCGCUCACAGAGCUCUUGUUGACUGAUUGUCCCAAUAUCACCUUAUUUCCAGAGGUUGGAAACAACAUAGAAAAACUCUCCCUGAAAGGAACGGCAAUAGAAGAGGUGCCUUCAACAAUAGGGGACAAGUCGAGGCUCCGAUACCUCAACUUGGCGGGUUGCCAAAAGCUCGGGAACCUGCCUCCCACUCUGGGAAAUUUGGCACGGCUGAAGUUCUUAUUUCUUCGGGGUUGCACCAAUGUCACCAUGCCCCCCGAGGUCAGGGGCCGGAUGAUAGCGCUCGACUUACACGGGACAUCCAUUGAGCAAACUUGCUUGCCAGUUCCCUCUGAUGAGGAACCGCAUGAUAUGCCUGGCUUGGCACGGUACAUCUAUCGGUCUGUCUUGGAAGUCCUCAGAAGCCAGAAAUCUCGAAAGUUAUGAUACUCUCAAGAGUCUCAGACAGGAUAGCUUCUCGAUCCUAAACA